GCUCGGUUGAAUCUUCGCGCACCCAGUCGCGGCAUUGAAUCUUCGGCUUGCAGAGUCCUCAGAUCAUCGUUCGGGGCUGUGAAGACGACGACGACACCGCCUGACAUGAUUCCAUGCGAAAGCACCCUGCGCGCCGCUUGCAGCUAUGAACGAUGAGCCGACCACAUCGUCCGCCGUCUCACCUCCUCCACCGCCGAUGACACGAUCAUCUCAAUCCUCGACCCACGAUGACACUGCAGCCGAUGCAUCGGAGAGCGAUGCUGCCACGAUUCUUCAACGGAAGAAUCGCGAGUAUCUGGUCCGCAAGCGCGGCGAGUUGAUGGACGAUGCUUUGCGCAACCUGGACGUUCUUGUAUAUGCGGAAUUGAGUGUCAUCUAUUAUAUGGAUUGCCAUACCUGGCGCUUCCUCCUACGAUGCCUCAUCCAAAUGGUCCUACUCACGCCGAAGACAGGUCUGCUGCCAGAGCCACCUGCUAAUCGUCCUGCAUUGGGCGCGAUCUUAGGAGCAAACAUUCUGUGUAUAAUUUUGCACCUCUUCAGUGCCGCACCGGCCGCAGGAGAGGCCACACGCGGGUAUCUACACGGCGGCUUUGUCAUGGAUUUUAUUGGACAAAGGGGACCGUCGAGUAAGAUCCAUCUGCUCAUUCUGGACGCUUUAGUUGUGCUGCUGCAGGUAGUUCACCUCUCGGCAUACCUGGCGCGACGGCGAUUAAAGAAGGAAGACGUUUCGGAACGAUUGAUGGCGGUUUUCUCGCAGGAUCAGGACCUCGAGGAUGAGGAACGUGGAGUGCGGCACUCCAUCGAGCUACAGGAGCUUGCGAAUGUGGAACAAGGUCAUUCGGCCUUGCAGGAAUCUGACGACAGCAUUGACGACCUGGCCGCGGGCGGUUCAAAUGAGGCUUCGGCCAGCACGUCGUCGCUUCCACCCCGGACGGAUGGGCAUUUGAUCGAUGCCAUCAACUCCGGCCAGAUUGUGUUGGCGGACUUCAACAUCGUACAGACUUUCCAGGAGCAGCUGCUGUCUGCUUCCAAGUCCGCAGCGCGAGAUCCAUUCCGCACAGAGUCGCGGCGACUUUUGGCGGAACGAUUCGCGGGCCUGCGUGUUCAGUGGUCUCGGUAGUCUAUAUAUCAAUGCAUAUGAACCUACGGCCUGCGUCGGCUUAUUACCCCUG